GGUUUUGUGCCAUUUUGGAAAUUUGGUUGACCAGCCCUCAGAUAGUGCAGUUACCUAUAAAAGACAUCUGCACUUAAAUAGUUUGUCACUUGAAGACAUUGUUGAACCCUGAUAAUGCUACGCAAGGGUAUUACUGAGAGCUUUGGAGCCGCUAUCCAUGCCCUCAACACCAAUCAGCUGACAGAUGGUGUGAUUAACAAGAGCAAAAGGAUGAUUCUGGACACCCUGGGUGUUGGGUUAUUAGGGACCAGGACAGCUGUCUUCAACAAGGCUCUCGUGUAUAGCCAGUUGUUCACAUCAGAGGAGAGGAGCAGCGUUUGGGGUAAAUCAGACAUAACUCUCCCCCCUCACUAUGCUGCAUUUGUCAAUGGCGUUGCGGUUCACUCCAUGGACUUUGACGACACGUGGCACCCUGCUACUCAUCCCUCGGGAGCUGUGCUACCUGCGCUGCUGGCCCUGGCAGAGACCCUGCCCAGCCAGCCCUCCGGUCUAGACCUGCUGCUGGCCUUUAACGUCGGCAUUGAGGUGCAGGGCAGGCUCAUGAGGUUCUCCAGAGAGGCCUACAACAUCCCUGAAAGAUUCCACCCCCCCAGUGUUGUGGGGGUGAUGGGGAGUGCUGCAGCCUCAGCUAAGCUCUUGGGUCUGUCCCCUGCACAGUGCAGUCAUGCUCUGGCUAUUGCAGCCUCCUCUGCUGGGGCCCCUCUGGCCAACGCUGCCACACAAACCAAACCUCUCCACAUAGGAAAUGCCGCUCGGAGAGGCCUGGAAGCAGCUCAGCUGGCCCAGAUCGGACUGGAGGGAAAUCCAGCCAUCCUGGAUAUGGACAGCGGGUUUGGGGUUUACUACAAAGACUACAGUCCUUCAGCAAUGCCACAUCCUUUUUGUAGUGACUUUAAAUGGAUUCUGGAAGAUCAGAAUGUGGCCGUCAAGCGCAUCCCUGCCCAUUUGGGGAUGCACUGGGUUGUGGAUGCAGCUCUGGCAGCCCGCGGAAAGCUUGAAAAUACAGUCGGGAACUUUGACCUGAGCCAGAUCCGGCACAUUACACUACGAGUACCUCCAUCCAAGUACGUUAACUGCCCCUUACCUGCCACAGAGCACCAGGCCAGACACUCAUUUCAGUUCAAUGCCUGCUCCGCCCUGUUGGAUAACAAAGUAACAGUGGCCUCCUUCAAUGAAGCUCAAAUCAACCGACCUGCUCUGAAGGAGCUCUUGUCCAAAGUGCAGGUGGAGACCCCAAAAGAUAACCAGCCCAGCUUUGACAAGAUGUACUGUGAGGUUGAGAUAGAAACCGAUGAGGGGCAGAGCUACGCAGCCAGAUGCAACACCUUUUACGGCCACUGGAGGAAGCCACUGAGUCACAGGGAUUUAGUGGAGAAGUUCAGCAUUAAUGCUUCAUCUGUGUUGAGCACAAAGGGAGUGGAGGGAGUGAUUCAUGUGAUAGGAAACAUUGAAAGCGUGAGCGAGUGCUCAAUCUUGGGUUCAUAUCUGAGGAUGACAAGUAGUCCACAUAAGCAGUUAUACAGCACACGUGCUUGGUGAUUGUACAGUGUUUGAUGAAGCCAGUGUGGCAAGUAUGUAUAAAGCCUUGUAAUAUUUAAAACUUUUCCACGUGGCGCACAUGCUUCUUUUUCUUUUGUGAAUCAUGGGUAUGAAAUAAAGUGAACUGAUGAGUGAA